AUGUCUUAUUCGUUUGCUUUCGAUGAUACCCCACAAGUUUUGAAUCUCUUUUCCGAGUGGUCAUGUUGGUGUAUACUUUGGGCCGGUAUCAAAGUCUAUUCGUUCAUUUCCCGAAAGAAGAUACCAUAUUGCCGAGGCGGUGAUAUCGAGGACGAAUCAACAAGUCUUGCAUUCUUUAUCGUUACAUCUAGUGUUUGUGCAUCGCUUGUUGAAGUUAAUUGGAUACUGCCAUUCUUUACUCCAGCACUCUACUUUGUCACUCGAAAUAGUGAUGCCGAUUAUCAUGUCCUUCCUAGCCACUCCAAAUCCGAGAAAUUAGAACAUUCAACCAAUUAUGGCUACAAUUUAUUAUUUUAUAUUCUUGUCGCCAUUUCAACUAGUGUUAUCUUUCUCCCCUCGGCAUACAACCCUAUCACUAUCGGUCUAGGCCUCAUAUUCCUCAUCUGCCAAACGACCAUCUAUUCACGUCUAAGCACGCCAUCUGAUUCCCGUGAUGAAGCUCCCUCCGUGCAUCAACUCUUUUUAGACCUGGAAGGAACAUGCUGCUGGGUAGUUUGCUUCCUGACUGUUAUCCUCUUGGUUUCACAGCAACAAAGUCCCGGGAUUCUUAGUCUCUCGAUUUACAGUAUCUUCAAGGCACUUUUAUGGGCUGCUGUCAUAAUCCUUUGCAAUGGAGGACAUGCUUGUACCUUAACUCUCGUGUCUACCUUUGGACUCUCUACCAUAUACAUACACGUCCUUCCUUCUUCAGUUUUAGCUGUGCUGUCGUGUCUUUGUGCGCUUCUUGUUCUAGCACAUAUUAUAUCCACCUUGCCACAGAAGUCUUCUACACGCCGAAUUCUAGGCUUCUUUGCUGUCUUCCCCAUUAUCGCACUUCUCUUACGUUUUGGAAUCCCUGAGGCAAUCGAGGCCUUUUCGGAACUAGUGAAUGGAAUCUUUUCCCAAACUCGCUGCGCAAACAACCAAGACACACUGGGCAAUGCUACCGAAAUUGCUCAUGUAAUUAUGGAUGAGCCCUCUCGACUUGUGGCAGAAUUUGGUCCUAGAGAAGAACUAAAAUCGUGGCUAGAUGCCAUAUUUGGAACCUCGAAGUCAUGCACAGUUCCUACUGCUGUGACUGUCGAGUUAUGA